AUGUCUGACUGGGAGGCGAGCAGCGACGAGGAUGCUGGUGCGCCGAGGCGGCCGCCAUCAUCUGCCGCCGCUGGGCGUCUGUGGCAGCCGCCGGCGACCGUUUCGCAGAGCCGCGCCUUUGUAGAGGGCGGCGGGGGGGAAAGGGCCGCUGAGUGGCGGCGGGAGGCGGCGGGCUGCCCUGGAGAGGAGGAGCGGGAGCCCUGGGGCGCCAGGGAGAGGCGGGGAGGACCGGGAGAGGCUGCGCGGCUGCGGCCGCCCCGAGGCGCCGCCGGCCAAGCUCAGGACGCCGCGGCGCCCCUCAGCUUCCACCUCGAUAGCGCGCUGGUCGGGGCUCUCAUAGGUCGGGGUGGAACUAAAAUAAGAGAACUUGAGGAUUCUUCGGGUUCCAGGAUAAAGAUUAUAAAAGGAACCUAUGAAGCUGAAGUAAAGAUUUUUGGCAACGUUGCUGUGCAAAACAAAGCCAAGAUGUUGAUUGAUGAUGCUGUUACAAGAUCUGGACAAAACUACGUUAGAGGGAUGACUGAGAAAGAUUCCGUCAAACAGCAGCAUUUUGGUACCAACUCUGCAGGAAAAACCUUGGAUGAUAUCAAGCCUGAAAAUAAGCCAAAGAGAUCAGUGAUUGACUGGGUCUCUCUUCGAGAAAACAAAGCUAAAUAUGAAGCUAUGAAGUGGGCAGACUUGCCUCCAGUUGAGAAAAACUUCUAUAAAGAAUCGUCAAGGACUGCAUCUAUGUCACAAGAAGAAGUGGAAUUGUGGCGGAAAGAAAAUAAUAAUAUAAUUUGUGAUGACUUAAAAGAAGGUGAAAAGCGCUGCAUUCCCAAUCCUGUUUGUAAAUUCGAAGAUGUGUUUGAGCAUUAUCCUGACAUUAUGGCUAAUAUAAGAAAAGUUGGUUUUCAAAAACCUACACCAAUUCAGUCCCAGGCAUGGCCAAUCAUACUCCAAGGAAUUGAUCUUAUUGGUAUAGCACAGACUGGUACCGGGAAGACAUUAGCAUACUUAAUGCCUGGAUUCAUUCACUUGACUUCACAACCAAUAUCCAAAGAUCAGCGUGGGGGGCCAGGAAUGUUAGUCCUUGCUCCCACUCGAGAACUGGCACUUCAAGUAGAGGCAGAGUGUUUGAAGUACACGUACAAAGGAAUUAAAAGUAUUUGCAUAUAUGGUGGUGGGGACCGAAAAGGACAGAUAGACGUGGUUACCAAAGGUGUGGAUAUUGUUAUUGCUACUCCUGGCAGACUGAAUGAUCUUCAAAUGAACAACUUCAUAAAUUUGAAGAGCAUAACAUAUUUGGUUUUAGAUGAGGCUGACAGAAUGUUGGAUAUGGGAUUUGAACCUCAGAUAAUGAAGAUCCUAAUAGACAUACGGCCUGACAGGCAAACUAUUAUGACAAGUGCUACUUGGCCUGAUGGUGUUCGUCGCCUAGCAAAAUCCUAUUUGAAAAAUCCCAUGAUUGUAUAUGUUGGCACUCUUGACUUAGCAUUGACUUCUAUGAAGCCAAAAGAUAAGGUCAUCAUUUUUGUGGGAAAAAAACUUACAGCUGAUGACUUAGCAAGCGACUUUGGCCUUCAAGGAAUUCCAGUACAGUCCCUUCAUGGUAACAGGGAACAGUGUGAUCGAGAACAGGCAUUAGAUGACUUCAAGAAAGGCAAAGUCAGAAUACUGGUGGCUACUGACUUAGCAUCCCGUGGCCUUGAUGUGCAUGACGUUACUCAUGUCUUUAACUUUGACUUCCCUCGCAACAUUGAAGAAUAUGUUCAUAGAGUAGGUCGUACUGGAAGAGCAGGACGUACUGGGGAGGCAGUAACGCUUGUCACCAAGAAUGAUUGGAGGGUGGCAUCUGAGCUGAUUGAAAUUCUGGAAAGAGCAAAUCAAGUAGUUCCUAACGAGCUUAUUGCAAUGGCAGAAAGAUACAAACAAUUUCAAAUCAGAAAAGAAAUGGAAAAGGAUAUACGGAGACCUCAGAGAAAGCCCUCAAAAUAACUAAUCCCUUGAAGUUAUUGAAACAAAAGAACUGGAUUAGCAAAUGUAAGCAAUGUUUGUCAGUGUGGCUUAAAAAUACUGUACUUCUGCGUUGAUAUAUAUACACUACAUCUGCCAGUGGCAUGCAGAAGUAUUUCCAAGGAUAACUUAGUUAUUUGAAAACUGCUCUGUUUGCAGUAACUGAUGUUUGCUGAAGCAAGUUUUGGGGUUUUUUUUAAUUGUAGUCAUUUUUGUUAAGACUUGUGUCUCAAGGUGUUGUGUUUUUUGAGAGAAGUCUGCAUUUCCCCCUAAUGGAGGAGAGCAUAACAAGAAAUGUGUUCGUGGGUGACUGGGAAAAAAAACAGCUUCUACUUCUGUUCUCAUGGACGUAAUUUUCUGGCUUAAGGAAGAAAAACAGUUUACUAGAGAAAUGUUAACAAUGUCAUGAAGAAAAAUACUUUUGAAGGUCAGCUUUUAUUUCUUUCAGAUGAAGCUGGUUCAAAUUUUACUUUGGGAUGUCAGGUUCUGUCACACAGACUGCCAAUGAUAAUGGGGAACAUUUUCACUCUUUGGAAGAUACGUGGGAAGGAGCCAUUCCUUCAUUUGAUGCUUGGUCUGAACUUGUGUUGACUCAUGUGUCAUGAGUAAAUGUAAAAUUUAGUCUAGUGAGAUGAGAAUAUUGUAGUAAAAUUAUUCUCUAAAUGUUCUUCUGGCCUUCUGUGGUUUUUAUUUGCUCAUAAUCAAGGUGAAAUCUGGGCAUUAUUUAAGCCAGUAGCAUACUUGGCCUUCAAAAGGUUGGCUGAAAAUGGCUUCUUUAAGAAAAAGCAAAAGAUGUAUUUACUUACAGCACAGCAGCUCCCAAA